ACAGGAAGAAGACGAAGUCUGGGUUUUGUUUCACUAAAAUGGCGAGCGGAAAGAGCUACCUUUCGAAAUCCAGUUAUCGGUUUCUUGGGGUUGAGAGAGAGAAUUCGAUUAAAUCAGAUUCCUCUUUUGAAUUUGAUGAAGCGGAUAUCUGGUCUUCCAAUCAUACAGAAGCAGUAGCACCAUCACCAGAAUUGAAGAAAAUGAUGAUACCCAGUUCGAGGGUUUCGAAGAAAUCGACGAAAAGGGUCGAGAAUGGAGGGGAACAUCGAUCGGCCGGAGUUGUGACUUCUUCGUCGUUGCCAGUGAACAUACCAGACUGGUCAAAAAUCCUUAAAGAAGAUUACAGGGAUAGUCACAGGAGAGUUAAUGACGGUGAUCUUGAUGAUGAAGACGAUGACGAUGAUGAUGAUUCCAGAAUCCCUCCUCAUGAGUUCUUAGCGAAACAAUUUGCUAGGACUCGGGUUGCGUCCUUCAGUGUUCAUGAAGGGAUUGGAAGAACCCUGAAAGGUAGGGAUUUGAGUAAGGUCAGAAACGCCAUUUGGGAGAAAACUGGUUUCCAGGAUUAACG